CGGUCCGCAGCCGCGCGGCGCUCGGCGCCCCAUUCAUGCUGGGCGUCCGCGGGGCGGCCACGCAGCGGAGCCCGGGCGCGGUGGCGGCCUGGGCGGCCUGCUCGGCUUCGGCGGCCCCGAGGCAAGUCGGGCGGCGGCGGCGCGGGCGACUGGGCGCGGCGAUGGCCGGCGGUGGGGCGCGCCCCGGGGCAGCCGGGCUGAGGCUCCCAGCGCCAUGAUGCUCGCCUCUGCAGGACCUGAGCACCGAGGCCCGAGGCCCCAGCCAGCCAUGCCACUGCCACAUCCGAGCCUGCGGGCAUUCCUGAUGCUGCUGCUGCUGCUGCUGCUGCUGCUGCUGGGGGGUGUGCAGGUGGUGGCGGGCUCACCCAGGACAGGUGGGGGUCUGCAGCCUCCCUUCCUAACCUUUGCGACCAGCGACUGGGGCCUCACUCACCUGGUGGUUCACGAGCAGACAGGUGAAGUGUACGUGGGCGCAGUGAACCGUAUCUACAAGCUGUCCGGGAACCUGACACUCCUGCGGGCCCAUGUGACGGGUCCUGUGGAGGACAACGAGAAGUGCUACCCGCCCCCCAGCGUGCAGUCCUGCCCACAUGGCCUGGGCAGCACUGACAACGUCAACAAGCUGCUGCUGCUGGACUACGCCGCCAACCGCCUGCUGGCCUGCGGCAGUGCCUCCCAGGGCAUCUGCCAGUUCCUGCGGCUGGACGACCUCUUCAAGCUGGGUGAGCCACAUCACCGCAAGGAACACUACCUGUCCAGCGUGCGUGAGGCGGGCAGCAUGGCCGGCGUGCUCAUCGCUGGGCUGCCGGGCCAGGGCCAGGCCAAGCUCUUUGUGGGCACGCCCAUUGACGGCAAGUCCGAGUACUUCCCCACGCUAUCCAGCCGCCGGCUCAUGGCCAACGAGGAGGACGCCGAAAUGUUUGGCUUCGUGUACCAGGACGAAUUUGUAUCAUCACAGCUCAAGAUCCCCUCGGACACGCUGUCCAAGUUCCCGGCCUUCGACAUCUACUACGUGUACAGCUUCCGCAGUGAGCAGUUUGUCUACUACCUCACCCUGCAGCUGGACACGCAGCUGACCUCGCCUGACGCAGCUGGCGAGCACUUCUUCACCUCCAAGAUCGUGCGGCUCUGCGUGGAUGACCCCAAGUUCUACUCGUAUGUGGAGUUCCCCAUCGGCUGUGAGCAGGCGGGGGUGGAGUACCGCCUUGUGCAGGAUGCCUACCUGAGCCGGCCUGGCCGCGCCCUGGCCCGCCAGCUGGGUCUGGCCGAGGACGAGGACGUGCUGUUCACUGUGUUCGCCCAAGGCCAGAAGAAUCGUGUGAAGCCGCCCAAGGAGUCAGCCCUGUGUCUGUUCACGCUCAGGGCCAUCAAGGAGAAGAUCAAGGAACGUAUCCAGUCCUGCUACCGCGGGGAGGGCAAGCUGUCCCUGCCCUGGCUGCUCAACAAGGAGCUGGGCUGCAUCAACUCGCCCCUGCAGAUCGAUGAUGACUUCUGUGGGCAGGACUUCAACCAGCCGCUGGGGGGCACAGUCACCAUUGAGGGGAUGCCCCUGUUCGUGGAUAAAGACGAUGGCCUGACCGCGGUGGCUGCCUACGACUACCGGGGCCGCACAGUGGUGUUCGCUGGCACACGCAGUGGCCGCAUCCGUAAGAUUCUGGUGGACCUUGCGAACCCCGGUGGCCGGCCAGCCCUGGCCUAUGAGAGUGUGGUGGCCCAGGAAGGCAGCCCCAUCCUGCGGGACCUUGUUCUCAGCCCCAACCGCCAGUACCUCUAUGCCAUGACUGAAAAGCAGGUGACAAGGGUGCCCGUGGAGAGCUGUGUGCAGUACACGUCUUGUGAGCUGUGCCUGGGGUCACGGGACCCUCACUGCGGCUGGUGUGUCCUGCACAGCAUUUGCUCACGGCAGGACACUUGUGAGCGGGCGGAUGAGCCCCAGCGCUUCGCCUCAGACCUGCUGCAGUGUGUGCAGCUGACAGUGUGGCCGCGGAACGUAUCUGUCACCAUGUCCCAGGUCCCGCUUGUGCUGCAGGCUUGGAACGUGCCCGACCUCUCAGCCGGCGUCAACUGCUCAUUUGAGGACUUCAUGGAGUCCGAGGGUGUUCUGGAGGAUGGUCAGAUCCACUGCCGCUCACCCUCUGCUCGUGAGGUGGCGCCCAUCACGCAGGGCCAGGGGGACCAGCGGGUGGUGAAGCUCUAUCUGAAGUCCAAGGAGACAGGCAAGAAGUUCGCCUCUGUGGACUUUGUUUUCUACAACUGCAGUGUCCACCAGUCCUGCCUGUCGUGUGUCAACGGCUCCUUCCCCUGCCACUGGUGUAAAUACCGCCACGUGUGUACCCACAAUGCUGCCGACUGCGCCUUCCUGGAGGGCCGUGUCAACGUGUCUGAGGACUGCCCACAGAUCCUGCCCUCCACCCAGAUCUACGUGCCGGUGGGUGUGGUGAAGCCGAUCACCUUGGCCGCCAGGAACCUGCCGCAGCCACAGUCAGGCCAGCGUGGGUACGAGUGCCUCUUCCACAUCCCGGGCAGCCCGGCCCGCGUCACUGCCCUGCGCUUCAACAGCUCCAGCCUGCAGUGCCAGAACUCCUCGUACUCAUAUGAGGGGAAUGACAUCAGUGACUUGCCCGUGAACCUGUCAGUGGUGUGGAACGGCAACUUUGUCAUUGACAACCCCCAGAACAUCCAGGCCCACCUCUACAAGUGCCCAGCCCUGCGUGAGAGCUGUGGCCUCUGCCUCAAGGCUGACCCUCGCUUUGAGUGUGGCUGGUGCGUGGCCGAGCGCCGCUGCUCCCUGCGUCACAACUGCCCAGCUGACGUGCCCAUGUCCUGGAUGCAUGCCCGCCAUGGCAGCAGCCGCUGUGCCGACCCCAAGAUCCUCAAGCUGUCCCCCGAGACGGGCCCGAGGCAGGGAGGGACACGGCUCACCAUAACGGGCGAGAACCUGGGCCUGCGGUUCGAGGAUGUGCGUCUGGGCGUUCGUGUGGGCAAGGUGCCGUGCAGCCCCGUGGAGAGCGAGUACAUCAGCGCCGAGCAGAUCGUGUGUGAGAUUGGGGACGCCAGCACAGUGCGGGCCCACGACGCCCUGGUGGAGGUGUGCGUGCGGGACUGCUCUCCCCCCUACCGGGCCCUGUCACCCAAGCGCUUCACUUUCGUGACUCCGACUUUCUACCGCGUGAGCCCCUCCCGUGGGCCUCUGUCAGGGGGCACCUGGAUUGGCAUUGAGGGGAGCCACCUGAAUGCGGGCAGUGACGUGGCUGUGUCUGUUGGUGGCCGGCCCUGCUCCUUUUCCUGGAGGAACUCUCGGGAAAUCCGGUGCCUGACACCCCCUGGGCAGAGUCCUGGCAGCACUCCCAUUGUCGUCAACAUCAACCGAGCCCAGCUCACCAACCCUGAGGUGAAGUACAACUACACAGAGGAUCCCACCAUCCUGAGGAUUGACCCCGAGUGGAGCAUCAACAGUGGCGGGACCCUCCUCACAGUCACAGGGACCAACCUGGCCACAGUCCGCGAACCCCGAAUCCGGGCAAAGUAUGGCGGCGUUGAAAGGGAGAACAGCUGCAUGGUAUACAACGACACCACCAUGUUGUGCCGGGCGCCCUCCGUGGACAACCCUGUGCGCAGCCCCCCAGAGCUGGGGGAGCGGCCGGAGGAGCUGGGCUUCGUCAUGGACAACGUGCGCGCCCUACUGGUGCUCAACUCCUCCUCCUUCCUGUACUACCCCGACCCCGUGCUGGAGCCACUCAGCCCCACGGGGCUCCUGGAGCUGAAGCCCAGCUCCCCACUCAUUCUCAAGGGCCGGAACCUCCUGCCACCAGCGCCUGGCAACUCCCGGCUGAACUACACGGUGCUCAUUGGCUCUACGCCCUGCACACUCACCGUGUCUGAAACACAGCUGCUGUGCGAGUCGCCCAACCUCACAGGGCAGCACAAGGUCACGGUGCGGGCCGGUGGCUUCGAGUUCUCCCCUGGCAUGCUGCAGGUGUACUCAGACAGCCUGCUGACGCUGCCCGCCACUGUGGGCAUUGGUGGCGGCGGGGGCCUCCUGCUGUUAGUCAUCGUGGCUGUGCUUAUCGCAUACAAGCGCAAGUCACGUGAUGCCGACCGCACGCUCAAGCGGCUGCAGCUCCAGAUGGACAACCUGGAGUCCCGAGUGGCACUUGAGUGCAAGGAAGCCUUCGCAGAGCUGCAGACAGACAUCCAUGAGCUGACCAGUGACCUGGAUGGUGCCGGCAUCCCGUUCCUAGACUACCGGACGUAUGCCAUGCGUGUGCUUUUCCCUGGGAUCGAGGAUCACCCUGUGCUCAAGGAGAUGGAGGUGCAGGCCAAUGUGGAGAAAUCACUGACGCUGUUCGGGCAGCUGCUGACCAAAAAGCACUUCCUGCUGACCUUCAUCCGCACGCUGGAGGCCCAGCGCAGCUUCUCCAUGCGUGACCGGGGGAACGUGGCCUCGCUCAUCAUGACAGCGCUACAGGGUGAGAUGGAGUACGCCACGGGCGUGCUCAAGCAGCUGCUGUCGGACCUCAUUGAGAAGAACCUGGAGAGCAAGAACCACCCCAAGCUGCUGCUACGGAGGACGGAGUCAGUGGCGGAGAAGAUGUUGACCAACUGGUUCACCUUUCUCUUGUACAAGUUCCUAAAGGAGUGUGCUGGGGAGCCGCUGUUCAUGCUGCACUGCGCCAUCAAGCAGCAGAUGGAGAAGGGCCCCAUCGACGCCAUCACGGGAGAGGCACGCUACUCCCUGAGCGAGGACAAGCUCAUCCGGCAGCAGAUCGAUUACAAGACGCUGACCCUGAACUGUGUGAACCCUGAGAAUGAGAACGCCCCGGAGGUGCCGGUGAAGGGGCUGAACUGCGACACAGUGACCCAGGUCAAGGAGAAGCUGCUAGACGCUGUCUACAAGGGUGUGCCCUACUCCCAGCGGCCCAAGGCUGGGGACAUGGACCUGGAGUGGCGCCAAGGCCGCAUGGCGCGCAUCAUCCUUCAGGACGAGGAUGUCACCACCAAGAUUGACAAUGACUGGAAGAGGCUGAACACGCUGGCUCAUUACCAGGUGACAGACGGGUCCUCGGUGGCACUGGUGCCCAAGCAGACUUCUGCCUACAACAUCUCCAACUCUUCCACCUUCACCAAGUCCCUCAGCAGAUACGAGAGCAUGCUGCGCACGGCCAGCAGUCCCGACAGCCUGCGCUCCCGCACACCCAUGAUCACGCCGGACCUGGAGAGCGGCACCAAACUGUGGCACCUGGUGAAGAACCAUGACCAUCUGGACCAGCGCGAGGGUGACCGUGGCAGCAAGAUGGUGUCAGAGAUCUACCUGACUCGGCUGCUAGCCACCAAGGGCACACUGCAGAAGUUUGUGGAUGACCUAUUUGAGACCAUCUUCAGCACGGCGCACCGGGGCUCAGCUCUGCCCCUGGCUAUCAAGUACAUGUUCGACUUCCUGGACGAGCAGGCCGACAAGCACCAGAUCCACGACGCCGACGUGCGGCACACCUGGAAGAGCAACUGCCUGCCCCUGCGCUUCUGGGUGAAUGUGAUCAAGAAUCCACAGUUCGUGUUCGACAUUCACAAGAACAGCAUCACAGAUGCCUGCCUGUCGGUGGUGGCCCAGACCUUCAUGGACUCCUGCUCCACGUCCGAGCACAAGCUGGGCAAGGACUCACCCUCCAAUAAGCUGCUCUAUGCCAAGGACAUCCCCAACUACAAGAGCUGGGUGGAGAGGUAUUACUCAGACAUUGCCAAGAUGCCAGCCAUCAGCGACCAGGACAUGAGCGCAUACCUGGCCGAGCAGUCACGGCUGCACCUCAGCCAGUUCAACAGCAUGAGCGCCUUGCAUGAAAUCUACUCUUAUAUCACCAAGUACAAGGACGAGAUCCUAACGGCCCUGGAGAAGGAUGAGCAGGCGCGGCGGCAGCGGCUGCGGAGCAAGCUGGAGCAGGUGGUGGACACCAUGGCCCUGAGUGGCUAAGCUUGGCUGGUUACCUAGCAGGAGGCGGCUUGAGAGGGCGGCAGAGCAGGAACCUCAGCAGCCCUCACCCUGUGCAGAGUGCCCGGGGCACUAUAGCGUCUUCAGUGGCUCAGUGCCCUCUUGGCCCCCUGCUUCGUUCCACCAGGCUGGGGGCCUGGUUUUUCUUGGUGUGGAUGUGACGGGACCUGCUGAGCCAUUGCUGCUCCCACAGCUGCCGGGAGAGCACAGGGGCCGGGCCAGCCCUCCCUGGGGGCCUUCGCUACCUGGCAGGAGCUGUCCAGAGGAUUUCAUGGGACAAAGGACAGCCUCGAGGGGCUGCGGGGUACAGCCAGACCCUCCAGAGGGAGAGGCGGCUAGCUUGGGCUGCACCCUCGAAGUCGGGACACGGGCUGGGGACGUGAGCAGUUCUUGGCCUCCUGUGCUGCCAGCAGCCUGCAGAGUCUUAAAUGUCUAGGGGACUAGCUGGUGGCUAGAGGGAGGGCAGGCCACCCACUGUCUGCAUCCAGCACUCCCAUGCGCUCUGUGCUGCUACCAUCCUCAGAUUCACCGCGUGCUCUGCGCGGCCGAGGCCAGAGCGCCAUGUUCACCUUACCCCAUAGAGGCCCGCUGCCCUCCUAUGGAGGGGUGCAGGCUGGCGCCGCUCACCACUCCCGAGGGACUUCCAGACAGACUAGACUCCCUCUCUGUCCUCAGGGCUGUGGCUCUGGGAGCCCUGGACCAGGGGCUCCAGGCCACAGAGCACACGUUCCCAUUAUUUAUUCCCCUCUACAUCUCCUGUCAGGGCCGGCCAGGGCAGCUGCCUGUGAGGUGGACCGAGCUCCCCUCUGGGGCUCCCGAGGGAAGCCCCGACCACGCCCCCUUCCUUCCCUCUCUCCUGCUGCCCCAGCAGCUUCCAGUGUGGCAUCUCAGCAGUCUCCUGACCCCUCCAGAGCAGUGGGUCAUCUGGGGACCGUUUUGUGUUGAAGGCGAAAAUCCUGUGCUGCUCUCUGCUUGGGCUGCAGGCCAGGGCAGGGCCCCUCCAGCCACUUUUCUGGCCUGGAGCCAUUCAGGCUGGAAGCAGCUGGCAGUGACCAGAGGGCCUAGAGGCUGGCUGUGUCCACCCUGCCCUCAGCAAGAGAGAACACAUUUUUAAAAGAAACCUGUACAUAUAUAUAUGUAUAUAUAUAUAUGGCGCUCGCCUCAGUGUCCAGCCCCAGUGGGGUCCUGUAUAGUUAUCUGAAGGAGAAGAAAUUUUAAAUUAGAGUAAGAAAAUUCAGGCAGUGGGAAAGCAAUACCAAAUGGUUGCAGAAAAAGUGGCCAGAGUUCCCUGGAGUGGAGCACUCGAGCCCAGGCCCCUCGGCCUGCAGCUUGCUCUGUUUUCGUUUGACGUGAAAAGGAAAGAGCUUCUUGCUGAUCCCCUGAGAGCGUCCAGGGCCUGGGAUUAUGCAUGAUCGUGCUAGCGUUUAGUCUGAGUUGAUCUUUUUAAAUCUGCAAAUGUUGAAUACUAGAGGUUGUUAGACCCUUUUUUAUGUUUUUUAAUUAAUUGGUCACUUGUAAAAGCAAACAAAUGGCCAUCCCCUUUUCAAGGUCACUUUUUGAUGGUACUAAAGAUUCCCACGGACUUUAAGGGACAGCUAACUGUGGCCAGACCAAGUCUUGGUACCUCGACCCCACCCCAGGGGAAGAGCACUCUGCCCCCAUGGGCUGCCAGUCUUGGGGUCCUUCCCUCUCAAGCAGCACGAGCCAGACUGGACAGCGUGGACACCACGAAGGAGCUGCCCCCUCACACGGAGGUUGGUGUGAAAUUGGUGAACUGCUGACUCAGGGAGCUCCUCGACCCCACGGGGCACCGUGGCAGGGUUCGGCACCUGCUGCCAUCGUGCCCAACUCUUCUCCCUGUCCCUGCCCACUGCAGGUGGAGGCGCACUCCCUGGGCAGACCUGGGUGGCUAGAGCUGAGGCCAGUCAGCUCCCUGGGAUUUUGCCUCCCUUCUGAUGCCGCCUGGCUGUGCCUGGGUGAGACCCUUGGUUUCCCCCAAAGUCUUCCCUGGACACUGGCUUCAAAUUGAAGCCGUGGUUCUUCUAGCUCUGCAUGGAUCAGGCAGGGACUGCUCAGCUCCUGCAUCACCACCUUCAGAAUCCAUUCUAGCCCUUACCCUUCCUUAGACCUCCCGCCCUGGCCCCUCAUGGCCCUGCCAGGCUGCCCUGUCCACUUGGAACAGUAGUGGGCACAGGAGUGGUCAUGGAGGAGGUAUGCCUGCUGGCCUUGCCAGAGUGGCACCUGCAGGAGUGUGUGGCUGCCGCAGAACACACGGCCAUGUCUAGCUGUAAGCACUUUAGCAGUACCUGUUUACAUACAAGCUGACCAGCCUGAUGCUAGCCGUGCUGUCUGCCCAGUACAGCAGGUCUCCGAGCAGCCCCGCCAGCCCCACAGCUUCCUGCCUUGUCAUGGAGCUAGGCUCCAGUGUCCUCUCUAGUUCCCAUAGUUCUCUAGGUCCUCCUAGUUCUGCAGAACCCUGGAGCCAGGCUCAGGCACCCACUGUUACUUCCUGCCUGCCAGGGGGCUCUGAUCCUGAGCUCCGGAACUGGCAGGGGUCCUGUGGGAACCAGGGUUGGAGUGUGCUGUGGACCAGGAGUGCUCUCUCAGGCCCUUGUCUGCAGGGAGCCUGUGCUGCAAUGCAGGGAAAGCCACACCCUCCCGGCCUGGCUCAGACACUGCUGCUACCACCACCUGUGCCGCCUGCUUCUCGCAGCCCUCCCAUCCCACGCACUCAGUGCUUCCCUUUAGCCGCCUGCGUCUGGUCUCAGGAGUGCCCUGGACAGCUCUCGCCUCGGCCUGGGAGCCCGGCCUCUCCAUAUACCUCGAGUUUCCCUGCACUCUGCAGCCCAAGACCACCAGACCCUGACUCGCCUUUCGCUGGCCUGCAGGGCCAGGGGACCCCAAGACCCACAGCGUUGAGUCCCAGCACCAGCCUGGCAUACUAUGUUCCACAGAGGGCCUGGAACGGCCUCCUGCCACCCCUGGGCUGACCUUGCUGUGAGGGCCUCUGCCCUGUAUGCCUCCCAGUUCCUCUGGAUUUGAUGGCUCACCUUGUUGGUGCUACACAAGCUAGAUUCGAUAUAUUUAGAGAAAGAGAAAGAUAUUUUUAAGAUGAAGCCCACAACUAGCUGUCCUUUAAUGCCACAGAACCCCAAACCAAGAGAAGAGCAAUCACUUGGACGGUCUGAGCUGACCCUUAGCUAUGGCUUCUCACAGAAGCAGCUUAGCUGCCCAGGCUCAGCCUUCAGAUGUGUAUAUAUACUGCUAUUUCCUAUUUUACUGUCUUCAGAUUUAGUACUUGUAAAUAAACACACACAUUAAGGAGAGAUUAAACAUUUUUG